AAAAUAUAAGUGUGAUAUAAUGAAUAAUAUUAGUAUCUGACCGUGGCUAUGUUUCCACCGGGGUCAAAUUGAGAGAUGAAAUACUUGUGUUGUAUAUCUAUAUAUUAGUAAACUAUAGCUAACAUUCAUUGUAUUUCAAGUCUCUCGACCGACUUUGGUAGAGACAUAAUCCUUGUGGCCGCUUGUGCCGAGUAUAGUCUAAAUUGGUGUCAUCGUGUAAAAAAAAUAAAAAAGAAGGUAUCAAGCAAAUUCAUCGAAAUGACUGAGGAAAAUUCGAUUUUUGAUCCAACUUUGAAGAAAAAGAAAAAAAAGAAGAAGACUACCUUCGAUCCGGAUGCAGGAUUUGGUGAAGGAGGUAGUGGCAGUGAAACUACUGAAGGGCUUGGAGAUAAAGAAAAUCAAGAACCAGAUCAAUCAGUAGCUGAAGAUGAUGACGUGCUUGAUCUUGAAAAUUUUGGUAAAAAGAAAAAGAAAAAGAAGAAGGCAUUCAAUCUUGAUGAGCUUGAUGCUGCUCUGCCUGAGGACAAAAAUGAGAAUAUAGUGGAACUUGCAUCUGAAGAUGUGAUCAUGGAAGAUAACUUCGAUUUGGAUAUGGACUUCUCUAAGACCAAAAAGAAGAAAAAGAAGAAGAAGGAUCUGGAUGAGUUGGUAGCUGAGGAAGAACGUAAAGAAAUAGAAGAUAAAGAGAAUGGCUGCACUGAAUCUGAGCGAAGUGCAGAAUAUGUGGAAGAUACGAGCCUGUGGGUAGGAUCGGAUAGAGAUUACACGUACGACGAAUUGCUCGUUAGAGUAUUCAAUAUCAUGAGAGAGAAGAAUCCCGACAUGGUUGCCGGUAAGAAGCAGAAGUUCGUUAUGCGGCCACCUCAGGUCGUCCGUAUAGGAACGAAGAAGACGUCCUUUGCCAACUUCACUGAGAUUUGUAAAACGUUACAUAGGCAACCGAAGCAUUUAUUAGAUUUCUUAUUGGCCGAAUUGGGUACCAGUGGGUCCGUCGACGGUAACAGUCAGCUCAUUAUCAAAGGUCGUUUUCAACAAAAACAGAUUGAGAACGUUCUCAGGAGAUACAUCAAGGAAUACGUGACCUGUCAUACUUGCCGUUCACCCGAUACCAUCCUUCAAAAAGACACUAGACUCUUCUUUUUGCAAUGUGAAACAUGUGGUUCUCGGUGCUCCGUGGCUAGCAUCAAAUCUGGUUUCCAGGCUGUCACUGGCAAACGUGCUGCCAUUCGAGCAAAGACUGCCUAAGGGACUUUCUACGUUUUGCUAUUUUAAUAUCCAAGCAUUAUUUGAAAGAAUGGUAUUGGAUUCGUUAAAGUCUAAUUAUGCUUGAUUAUGGGUCAAGAAGAUGAAAAAUAAUAAGAGGGUGCUGCAUUCGGUAAUAAGAGUACCUGCACCGCGAAUUAUGUGUAAUAUUAUUUUAACGGUGUCUGAUGGAAUAAUAAUAACUAGGUAUAACUUUAUUAUUAAACAAGAAUACACAACCUGAAGAUUCUUGAUUUUUUGCACUUCUAAAUAGAAGUUGGCGCAGAAGUAAACGCGAGAGCAAGUAAAACCUGAACGUAUGAUAAAAUGAUUACAGAUCUGGUACAAUAGAUGCAGUUACAAGAAAUGCAUAUUUCUUAUUUCGUAAAUAAACAAUCUGUAUUGGCAUGAAUAUAUUUCUAUCAAGGUGCGUAAGCACCAAACCUUAAUUUAAAGUCUUAUGAGAUUCACAAUCACAAAUAUUAAUAAUCAUAUUUUGAAGGUAUAUGUA